GUGCUGCUACCAGUGGCGGGCGCGGCCAUGGUGGACUACACGCUCGAGUGGCUCGCCAUGGCGGGUGUCGAAGAGACCUUCGUCUUCUGCUGCGCGCACUCCCAACAGAUCCGAGCGCACCUGGAGGAUGCCGGCUGGAUGCGCCCCUCCUCCUCCUCGCACCAUCAGGGGGGCGGCGGGCAGCGGCACGGCAUGCGGGUGUCAACGGUGGUGGCACAUGACUGUGUGAGCGUGGGGGACGCACUCCGACACAUGGAUCACAAGGGCGUGAUCCGCGGGGAUUUUAUUCUGGUGAGCGGGGACGUGAUCGCCAACGUCUCGCUCACCCACGCGCUGCACGCCCACAGGGAGAGGAGGCGCAAGGACAAGCAGGCAGUGAUGACCAUGCUGCUCACGCACUGCCCCUCCAACCCCCUCACCCACCUCACGCGCACGGGCAGCGAGUCACAAGUGUUUGGCAUCUGCCCGGACUCCAACCAGCUGCUCUUCUACGAGCCGCCGCCCGACCCCCUCUCCUCCACGGGCACGGGCAAGCUCGCAGCUUUAGCAGGUGGACGGCGUAGCUUGGCAGUAUCUGUGGAGCGGGCAGUGUGGCAGGGGCACAGACGGCUGGCACUGCGCACGGACCUGGAGGACAGUGGCAUCGACAUCUGUGCGCCGGAGGUGCUGUACCUGUACACGGACAACUUUGACUACCAGCACCCCCGGCGAGACUUCCUGCGCGGCAUCCUCAAUGAUGACAUCAUGGGAAACAAGAUCUUCACGCACGAGAUCAAAUCGCAGUAUGCCGCCCGCAUAGACACGCUGCGGGCGUACGCGGCGGUGUCAAGGGACGUGCUGCGGCGCUGGGCCUUCCCCCUCGCGCCCGACUGCGCCUUCGGGGCCCACAGCGGCCGCACCGCUGUCACCCGAGGCAACCGGUACCGCGAGGAAGCGCUCUGUGCCGGGGUCGCACUGUUUGACACCCGUUUCUCUCUCGCUCUCUCUUUCCUGCACUGCCCGCACCCUCUCCUCCCCUCCACGCCCCCUUGUCCCCCCUCUUCCCCCAUGCCCCCCUGUCCGUCUGCAGCGGUGUCAGUGGCGCGGUCAGCAGUGAUAGGGCCGGACACGCUGCUGGGGGAGGGAACAGUGGUGGCGGAGAGGGCGGUGGUGCGCGGGUCAGUGCUGGGCGCGCACUGCCUGGUGGGCGAGGGGGCCGUGGUGGACGGCAGCUUCCUGUGGGGCGGCGUCACGGUGGGCGCGGGCGCCGUGGUGCGGCAUGCAGUGCUGUGUGACGGCGUGCAGGUCAUGGCGGAGGGGACUGUGCACCCCGGCUGCGUGCUCUCUUUCGAUGUGGUGGUGGCAGCCAAUCACGUGGUGCCAGCUGGCACGCGCAUAGCGAGGGAGCAGCAGCCGGAGGAGGAGGGCAGCGAUGAUGAGAACACAGAGGGGCAUGGCAUGGCCCCGCCUGCAGUGCGAAGGAAGCAGGGCAAGCAAGGUGACGAGGAGGAUGAGGAUGAUGAGGAGGAAGAGGAUGAGGAAGAGGAAGAUGAGGAGGAGGGAGAGGAGGAGAAGCAGGAGCUAUCAGAUGAAGACGAGGGGCCAUGUGAUGUGCAAGCUGUGGGCGAGGGCGGGAGGGGCUUCGCCUGGCCGCCCAGAACCCCCGCUGCAGCAGCCGUGGUGCGGCGGCAGUCGCUCGCACCAAUCACAGCGCUCGAACUUGCUGAGCUGGCAAGACUGGCGAUUGGACGGGAGGAGGGCGAGGGGGAGGAGGGGGAGGAGGAAUUAGGAAGGGAAGGAGGGGCGGCCUUGGUGGGAGGGGAGGAGGAGGAAGAGGAAGACGAGGAGGAGGAGGAUGGGGAGGACGAGUUUAGCAAAGAGGUGAGCUGUGUGGGAUGGAGGGGUGGAGGGAAGGGUGGAGGAGGGGAUGUAGGGGAGAGAAGAUGGGGUGAGGGCUGGGAGGGAUGGGACACGAGGGUGGCAGGGCGAUGGAGAGGGGAGAAGGGAGGAAAAUGCAAUGAGGGAGGGAAGCGCGAGAGAGGGUGCAAGGCACGUGCAAUGCAUGCGCACUGGGGGUUGGUGGAGGAGAUGUUCAAGCGGGCCGUGGCGGAGGGGGUGGCGCAAGACAACGUGGUGCUGGAAGUCAACGCGCUCAAGCUGGCAUACAACCGGUCCUUUGCGGACUGUGCGGGGGCCAUGUUCCGAGGCAUGCUCAACCUCGCCGCCUCACAAGCCGCCCCCGGGGCACCCACCAAGGAGCUGCUGGCGUCCACACGUGCCGUGGUGACUCGGUGGACGUCGCUUCUGAGAAGGUUCCUCAAGGGCACGGACGACGAGGUGGAGGUGCUGCUGACAUUCGAGGAGGUGUGCAACGAGUCCCGCCCCGAGUUCGCGCCCAUAUUUGUCAAUGUGCUAGAGGCCCUGUACGACAGGGACAUAGUGAGCGAGGAGGCCGUCAUGGCGUGGGCCGAUGAGAAGCAGUUCGCCGACGCCGCUGACAAGGUGUUUGUCGAGCGAUCCGCCGCGUUCAUCAAGUGUGAGUGUGUGUGGGACUGGGGCAGUGUGAGUGUGUGUGUGGGACUGGGGCAGUGUGAGUGUGUGUGUGGGACUGGGGCUUGUGAGUGUGUGUGGGACUGGGGCAGUGUGAGUGUGUGUGUGGGACUGGGGCAGUGUGAGUGUGUGUGGGACUGGGGCAGUGUGAGUGUGUGUGGGACUGGGGCAGUUGUGAGUGUGUGUGUGGGAGUGGGGCAGUGUGAGUGUGUGUGGGACUUGGGCAGUGUGAGUGUGUGUGGGACUGGGGCAGUUGUGAGUGUGUGUGUGGGACUCAAGCAGUGUGAGUGUGGGUGGGACUGGGGCAGUGUGAGUGUGUGUGUGGGACUGGGGCAGUGUGAGUGUGUGUGGGACUUGGGCAGUGUGAGUGUGUGUGGGACUGGGGCAGUUGUGAGUGUGUGUGUGGGACUGGGGCAGUGUGAGUGUGGGUGGGACUGGGGCAGUGUGAGUGUGGGUGGGACUGGGGCAGUUGUGAGUGUGUGUGUGGGACUGGGGCAGUGUGAGUGUGGGUGGGACUGGGGCAGUGUGAGUGUGUGUGUGGGACUGGGGCAGUGUGAGUGUGUGUGGGACUGGGGCAGUGUGAGUGUGUGUGGGACUGGGGCAGUUGUGAGUGUGUGUGUGGGACUGGGGCAGUGUGAGUGUGUGUGUGGGACUCGGGCAGUGAGUGUGGGUGGGACUGGGGCAGUUGUGAGUGUGUGUGUGGGACUGGGGCAGUGUGAGUGUGGGUGGGACUGGGGCAGUGUGAGUGUGGGUGGGACUGGGGCAGUUGUGAGUGUGUGUGUGGGACUGGGGCAGUGUGAGUGUGGGUGGGACUGGGGCAGUGUGAGUGUGUGUGUGGGACUGGGGCAGUGUGAGUGUGUGUGGGACUGGGGCAGUGUGAGUGUGUGUGGGACUGGGGCAGUUGUGAGUGUGUGUGUGGGACUGGGCAGUGUGAGUGUGUGUGUGGGACUCGGGCAGUGUGAGUGUGGGUGGGACUGGGGCAGUGUGAGUGUGUGUGUGGGACUCGGGCAGUGUGAGUGUGUGUGUGGGACUGGUGCAGUGUGA